AUCUUAUCUAAUAAUAAAAGAGCCACUUUAGAUUAUUUAAUCUUUGUAUAAAAAAUAUCUUAAACUGCAAAGUAUUGGUUUUGUACUUUUCCACCUUACAAUAUGAUUGCCUUCAUAUUUUUUUGUUUAGUUCUGCCAAUUUUGGCAUUUUCACCAGUCUUGGGUCGAGACGCUGAUCAAAAUGAAUAUCCAUUUUUGGUAGCACUUGAAACAUGCCAAAAACCAGUGCCAUGCUUUCCACAAUGCGGUGGAGUGGUUCUUUCCAAGAGUUGGAUUCUAACACUUAGUAGCUGUAUAUAUCGUGGAAAUGUGAGGGUAAAUGCAGGAGUAGUAGACUUAAGCAGUCCAGACGCACAAAUUCGAGAGGUCGAAAAAGCUAUACUACAUCCAGAAUUCAAUUAUUCUCAGCCAUAUUCCCCAAAUAACAUCGGUCUACUGAAACUAAAAACACCUCUAGAUUUGGGAGACUCCGUUCAACCAGGUGUACUGCCAAAGCAGGGAUCAGACGUACCAUUAGAAAAAGUAACACAACUGGGAUGGUUUAUUAAUAAAGAUGGACGCGGCACUCCAAUAAGUGUGGAAAACUUAGAGACUGUAGACACCGGUAUUGUUGAUUAUGAUGUGUGUAUGGCCGUAGUGGAACCAUCCCUGGAAUACAAACUUCCUGACUUUGGUCAAACAUUGUUAUGCACUGGAGAUUUUACUGGACGCGAAGAUAUAUGUUUUAUUAAUUCCGGAACCCCAACUCUUCAAAAUGGAGUCGUAGUAGGUCUUUACGACUUUACAUCCUUGACAUGUGGAGUGAUGGGAUCAGCACUGUUGUCUAUCAAGACUGAACCUUACGUUUCGUGGAUUCAGGAAAAUAUUGACGAAGAAAUAAAACUUGCGUAAUAAUAUUUUACUUACAAAUUUUUAAUAAAAAGUAAUAGGUCUGGAUCCCGCGUAUGAAAAAAAAGUUGAUUAAUAGCAAGCUGAAAAUUUGUUAAUAGCUUAAGGGUGUCUAGUCGGACAAACUUUGAUAUAUGGGAACACUGGAACAGGUUAAGUUUUAAUUGUGGAACAGGUUAAAAAUUUGGAACAGUCAGACCACGAAAACGGCACAUGUAUUUUGUCCGACAGAACAGACUUACACUCUCCGAACAGAGAUUAAACUCUCAUGCAAAAAUCAGACUGCUAUUUAUCACCGAAUGGGCGUUUUAAUGAGUGGAACAUGUAGAAUAUGUCAAAUGACAGGAAUUAUGAGGUGAUAAAUAGCAGUCUGAUUUUUGCAUGAGAGUUUAAUUUCUGUUCGGAGAGUCUAAGUCUGUUCUGUCGGAAAAAAUAAAUGUGCCGUUUUCGUGGUCUGACGGUUCCAAAUUUUUAACCUGCUCCACAAUUAAAACUUUCCCUGUUAUAGUGUUCCCAUAUAUCAAAGUUUAUCCGACUAGACACCCUUAAGCUAUUAACAAAUUUUCAGCUUGCUAUUAAUCAACUUUUUUUUCAUACGCGGGAUUCAGACCUAUAAUAAAUGCUCUGUUA